CCACGGCCUAGCAUGCAUCGCCAUGUGUGUCGGAUUGGUCGCACAUGUUCAUUCAUUCAUUCAUUACCGUAACACGCGUGAGAGUUUCGGUACCGUGGACUGUCCUGUCUUGUCCUGCUCCUAACGAAUCUUCUAGAAGAGAAUUUUCGAGAAUUUGAAGAGUCAGUAUACAGAUCACCCCAAAAAACACCAUGUCAACUGAAACCAAACGUCCAGAAGAACCAAUGGAAGCUGAGGAGGCAGAGACCUUUGCCUUCCAGGCAGAGAUUGCUCAAUUGAUGAGCCUCAUCAUCAACACAUUCUACUCAAACAAGGAGAUCUUCCUUAGAGAACUCAUUUCAAAUUCAUCUGAUGCCUUGGACAAGAUUCGCUACAAGUCUUUGACUGACCCCAGUGAGAUUGAAGCCGAAAAGGAUUUCUCUAUCAAGAUUGUUCCAAACAAAGAUGAGAAGUCACUGACUAUUAUCGACACAGGUAUUGGGAUGACCAAGGCUGACAUGAUCAACAACCUUGGAACUAUUGCCCGAUCUGGCACCAGGAACUUCAUGGAAGCCCUGCAGGCAGGAGCUGACAUCUCCAUGAUCGGUCAAUUUGGUGUUGGAUUCUACUCUGCAUACCUUGUAGCUGAGACUGUAACCGUCUACUCAAAGAACAAUGAUGAUGAAACUUACAUGUGGCAAUCUAGUGCUGGUGGCUCUUUCACUGUUCAUAGAAUUCCAAACAGUGAUGACCUGAAGAGAGGAACCAAGAUUGUACUGAGCAUGAAAGAGGACCAGACAGAAUAUCUAGAGGAAAAGAAAUUGAAAGAAAUCGUCAAGAAACACAGUCAGUUCAUCGGCUACCCUAUUGGUCUUCAGGUGGAAAAGGAACGUGAAAAGGAGGUCAGUGAUGAUGAAGAAGAAGAAGAAGAAAAGAAAGAAGAGGAAGAGAACAAGGAAAGUGAAGACGAGCCUAAGAUUGAAGAUCUGGGUGAUGAUGACGAUGAAAAGAAGAAAGAUGAGAAGAAGAAGAAGAAGAUCAAGGAGAAGUACACCGAAGAUGAAAUCUUGAACAAGACCAAGCCCAUCUGGACUAGGAACCCUGAUGACAUCAGUCAAGAAGAGUAUGGUGAAUUCUAUAAAUCACUCACCAAUGAUUGGGAAGAUCAUUUAGCUGUCAAGCACUUCUCUGUUGAAGGACAGCUUGAGUUCCGAGCUCUUCUCUUCAUUCCUAAGCGUGCUCCAUUUGACAUGUUUGAAAACAAGAAAAAGAGGAACAACAUCAAGCUCUAUGUCAGGAGGGUCUUCAUUAUGGAAAACUGUGAAGAGCUCAUCCCUGAAUACCUCAAUUUCGUCAAGGGUGUUGUGGAUUCUGAGGAUCUUCCUCUGAAUAUUUCUCGUGAGAUGCUCCAGCAGAGCAAGAUCUUGAAGGUGAUCAGGAAGAACAUUGUCAAGAAGUGCAUGGAACUCUUCCAAGAACUCUCUGAGGACAAGGAAAAUUACAAGAAGCUGUAUGAACAAUUCUCCAAGAAUCUCAAGCUUGGAAUCCAUGAGGACUCGCAGAACCGAAGCAAGAUCGCCGACUUCCUCAGAUACUACACUUCACAUUCCGGUGAUGACAUGACAACUCUCAAGGACUAUGUCUCUAGAAUGAAGGAAAACCAAACACAAAUCUACUACAUAACAGGUGAAUCGAAGGACAAGGUUGCCCAUUCAGCAUUUGUAGAACGUGUUAAGAAGCGUGGGUUUGAGGUUCUUUACAUGACUGAGCCUAUUGAUGAAUACUGUGUACAGCAGCUGAAGGAAUACGAUGGAAAGACCUUAGUCUCUGUCACAAAAGAAGGUCUGGAACUGCCAGAGGAUGAAGAUGAAAAGAAGAAGAGGGAAGAGGCAAAGGCAAAGUUUGAGAACCUCUGCAAAGUCGUCAAAGAAAUCCUUGACAAGAAGGUUGAGAAGGUUGUUGUGUCAAAUCGUCUAGUCUCGUCUCCUUGCUGUAUUGUUACCGGUCAAUAUGGAUGGACUGCUAACAUGGAGCGUAUCAUGAAGGCACAGGCACUACGUGAUACAAGUACUAUGGGUUACAUGGCAGCCAAGAAACACCUUGAGAUCAACCCAGAUCAUCCUAUCAUUGAUACACUCAGACAGAAAGCUGAUGCUGAUAAGAAUGAUAAGUCAGUGAAGGACUUGGUGAUGCUUCUUUACGAAACCUCUCUCAUGGCAUCCGGAUUCUCACUGGAAGAGCCUCAGACCCAUGCAUCACGCAUCUACAGGAUGAUCAAACUUGGUCUUGGAAUUGAUGAGGAUGAUGUACCUGAGGAAACAGCUGAUGAAGACAUGCCACCAUUGGAAGGAGAUGAUGAUGAUGCAUCCAGGAUGGAAGAAGUUGAUUAAAAACUGAACUGAACACUAUACCAUCUUAGAAUGUGAGAACAUGACUUUGAUUAGGAACAUUCUGCAAACUUUGUCAUGAUGAUCCUGUGAUAUGGACUGUGGGGCGCAGGAAGUCUCUCCCAGUAUUUCUAAGAAAGACAGGAAGGGCGCAAGGAACUUCUGAUCUUGGAGCAAUUAGCAUGGUCACUAUGUGAAUUGCAGUAAUCCAGGUAGCAAAUCAACAUUCACAGGUCUGCACCCCAAUAAUACUCUCCUUCAAUCUGUUCUUUCUCCCCCACAAGAUCCUUUAUAAAGAAGUGAAAGUAUUUCAAUUUGACUCUUUACUCAUCCUACUCGUUGGAAUCAAACUCUUGCAUUAAUUCAUGUUAUAUAAAUUGUUUCGAUCUUUAAAUGGAACAUUUUCUAAAAUGUCUCUUCCACUUUCAUUGUAAUUUGACUCCAUUUUUAAGUCAAAAUUGAAAAUAGUUAAUAUAUCAAGUUAAAUAUUCUGGGUAAACCAUUUCAUUGCCACGGUUGCAUGUACUUAUGUAACAUUUCCAUAUACUGCUUUUACAUAAGAGAUAGCAAUGUGGAUGUCUAGCAUUUUGUCCCACCUAGGUUAAGCUUCAAUAUUAAGCAUUGUAUAGUCUAGUAAAUGCAGUAUUCAGUGUUUGAAAUGUCUGUGCUUGUAUCGUCUUUCUUGGAAUUACCUGUAAACUGAUGAAAAGCUUCAAAAGGUGAUUAAUGGUAUGCAGGUACAUGUAUUUAUAUUUAAAAAGGUUGCCUGAUCUAAUCAGACAAGUUUCCUAAUGGGGGAUGGUACUAGGGCUGCACAAUAUGACGAUAUAAAAACUAAAUGUCUUAACAAUAUUGUAUCCACAUUCAGUCACAUCUUGAAUCACACACAAAAAAAGUUUCCAUGUUUUCCAGGCAAAGAAAUCGUAAUUGGAAAGCUGCAAUUAUCAUCCCUCAUCAAAGAGUAACAUUUGAUGUUUAUGCAUGGCUUGGGAGACGGUAUAUCACCAUACAUUAUGAUAAUUGACACUCAAAUACAUAAUAUCGUACAGCCCUUAAAAAUGCCAACAGGUGCAAUAUUGGUAUGGAGAAUAUGAUUGAAGCUAUGCUGGUUUUCAUCGGAUCAUUAAUGCAAGGUGGUUUGUGGUUAAUGUUAAUAUUAUAGCAUUAAUUAUGUUAAUAGGGUUUGUUCAAACUUUUAUAACGUAGCAAUAUCGCUUAUGCCAAUUUUCUUGAUGCAGUUCUAUGUUCACAAUUUAAUCCAUCUUAUUGCACCAGACCAGAGUUGCUUGUUGCUAUUCUAGCGUGAAAUCAAGAAUGUUGAUACGUAUGUAAAUCUGUUUCAUGUAGUUUUUUGUUUUGUACCAUGAAAAUAAAGUUAUCCUUCAAUUUA